AUGUUGUCCUCCGUCCUGCUGCUCGCCGCUGCCGCGGCCGCCUACUGCGUAUACAAUGUGGUGGCAGGCUAUUCGAGGAACAUCGCCAAGGCGAAGCAGUCUGGUCUGCCGUACUAUCUCUCCCCUGUGAGCCCGAUCAACCAAUUGGCACUCGUGCUCCGUGCCUUCUGGCUGCCCAUGUGGAAAUUGCUCCCGCGAAAGUAUUGGGCAGAUACUAUCGAGCUUUUGAAUCCCGAUUGGAAUUUCAACCUCCUUUUUGAGCCGUUCGAGAGGCUCGGGGACACUUUCCUUGUCGUGUCCCCCGGUUCCAUUCGUUUGUAUACCGCCAAUGCCGAAGCGAUUCACCAGAUCACGUCGAAACGCGAAGUCUUCCAGAAACCGACCGAAUCGUACAGGAUCCUGGCUCUGUAUGGAGAGAAUGUUCUGACUACGGAAGGGAGCAUGUGGCGAAGCCAUAGAAAGGUUACCUCGACCUCGUUUAACGAGAAGAACACAGCACUUGUUUUCAAGGAGAGCAUCAACCAGACCUAUGGCUUAAUUGAGCAAUGGCUUGGACCGGACGGCAAGGGAAACAGAACAAUCGAGACCGCCGAGGGCGAUAUCAUGGCCCUGAUGCUUCACAUUAUCGGCUAUGUCGGGUUUGGACUGAAACUGCUCUGGCCAGGCCAGACCGUCCCAGCCGAGAUGGAUCCGAAGUUGGCCAAGUAUUCGUCACUCCAGCCCCCUAAAGGACACAGCAUGAACUUCAAAGACUCGCUGCACUACACUCUGCAUCACAUUCUGCUGUUGCUCAUUUUACCCAGAUGGCUGCUGCGCAUGCUUCCCUUCAAGAGCACCAGGAGGGCUAUUAAGUCGGAAAAUAAUCUGAUCCAGUACAUGGACCAGUUUCUACAGGACAAGAUUGAGGAUGUCGAGCAGGGUAAGCCGGACCCGGGCAUGGACAUCAUGGGCAUGCUUGUUCGGUCAAGCUACGGAGAUCGUGCGCCGAAAGACUCGGCAGCUGCGAAGAGGGAUUCCAAGCUCACCAAGCUCAUGGACUCUGAGAUCAUUGGUAAUGCCUUCAUCAUGAUCGUGGCCGGUCAUGAAACAACGGCCGGAACGUUCCUCUUCACGCUGCUACAGAUGGCCAUCAAUGCAGCAUCUCAGCGUUCGAUCCAACAGGACGUGGACCGAAUAUUCGGACAGACUGACCCCAGUACCUGGGACUACGAGCAGAGCGUCAACCCACUCUUGGCGUCUUAUAUUGGGGCGUGCAUGAAUGAGACAUUACGGACGAUGCCGCCAGCGGUGGAUGUUCCCAAAAAGGUCUUGGCCAACCGAGAUCAAGUUCUAAUGAUCGACGGACAAAAGCGCAUCGUGCCGCGUGGCACGAAAGUUGGUGUCAAUGUGGUCGCAGCCCAACACAACCCUCGCUACUGGCCCACAGAACGGAGCAAAAUCACGGACUCGGAAAGCGAUCUGGCAGAUUUUGUGCCCGAGCGGUGGUUCAGCAAGACGUCCUCCAGCGACAGCAGCACGGACGAAGACGCGGACAGCGAGGACUACGGUGGGUUUGCCGGGCCGGACACUAGCGCACAGCUCUUCCGACCAGUUCGCGGAUCCUACCUCCCCUUCUCAGACGGCCCGCGGUCGUGUCUGGGGCGGCGCAUCGCGCAGGUCGAGAUGAUCGCGGCGCUGAGCGUCAUCUUCCAGAAGUUCAGCAUCGAGCUCGCGGUGGACGAGUGGGCGAGCGACGCCGAGGUCGAGAAGAUGGGGCGCGACGAGAGGCGGGAGAUCUACCAGAAAGCGCAGGACAAGGCGCGGCGGACGCUAAAGAGCGCGACGAGCAUCAUCACUUUGAAAUUACAUGGCAACAAGUUCAUCCCUAUAAGGCUAGUCCCACGAGGUCAAGAGAGGUUCGUGGACUGGGUCGAGUGA